AUGGCUGAUGAGACCUCUGCUGCCGUGAAUUUUGAUCUGAAUUUGAGGCCUCUUGAAAAUUGGGGCGAUGCAACUGAACCUGGCUCGGGAUCUUAUCCCAAUUCUGCAUUCGAAUUAAGUGGUGAAAAUAGAUUACAACCUGGUGAGGGUAGUAUGACUGCUGAGGCAAGAAAUAACGAAGUGGCUAAAACUCUUGAGAAUGGCAAUGCAUGUUUGGAAGAUGAGGCUCUGAGAAAGGAGGAGGAUGGUGAAAAGAAUAACGGUGUUGAAGGCAGCUUUUUUGAUUGCAAUAUAUGCUUGGAGUUGGCUAAGGAUCCUGUUGUAACUUGCUGUGGUCACUUGUUUUGCUGGCCUUGUCUUUACCGGUGGUUACAUUAUCACUCAUAUGCCAAGGAGUGUCCUGUUUGUAAGGGAGAAGUUACAACGAAAAAUGUGACCCCAAUUUUUGGCUCUGGAAAUAUUAUACGGGAGCAUGAUGUGGAUUCUCGUCUAAAUGACAUUCCUCUCAGGCCCCAAGCAUCGCGGGUUGAGAGCUGGAGGCAAAUUAAUCAGAGGACUGCAUCCAUUAUUCCAAUGGAGGAAAUGAUUGAGCAUCUUGGAAGUACAUUUGAGUUGAGUCAGGAAUCUGUCCAGAAUCAGUCUCGAAAUUCCAGUGGUCCACGUGAAUCACAUGUUAGAUUUAACUCAUUUCUCAACCGGUUUAUGACUUUUAGAGGAAUGCGUAGUGAAAGGAGAGCUGCGCUGCCGCUUGUUGAUAUGGUUGACUUGACAGAAAGCAGCCCCGCUAAUAAUGAGUUAAGGGCAAGUCGACUUUCAUCAUACCUGCGCCAUAGAUCAAACUCAAACCGAGCAGCUACCUUGCCCAGCCUCCUAUCUGGAUUAAGCUCUGACGAAAUUCAAGCUGCAGGGUGGUUGGCUGAAGGUUCAUAUUUGGAAAACAAUCCCAUAGAAAGAAAUCAAGAACAAGCUCCAGCAGUUGAUGAUAGGGAUUCUGUGUCAAGCAUUGCUGCUGCUAUACGCUCAGAGAGUCAGACAGUUGAUAAUGCUAUCGAAAUAGAUUCCAGAGCGUUGCUUUUUACUCCAUCUUCCAGAACUAGAAGAAGAAAUGACACAUCAAGAACUUCUGAUGUGGAUAGUGGAGAUUCACGUGCACGUAGGAGGAGAAGGCUGAACUGA